CUCAUAUGUGUCCUCUGAUUGGCUACAUGGACUAGUUGUCAAGGCUAUGGGCUUCAUUCACCAUUUUGCGAUUGUAGUGUAGAAUGUACCGAGCAGUAGUUUUACCUCCUUUAAGUUGCUUUACAGACGAAAGAUAAUAUGACAGUCCGUUAAUUGUCAACCCUGGAUUUCCGACUUUUGGCCAACUAUCAAUUUUGAUACUGACUCGAUAAAUAUCUGCAUUGAAAAUAAUUUUGUGGGUCUGGAAUAAGGUGGAAAGAGCUGGAGACACAGAAAGAGGAAAGGGCGGGAUGAGAAAGAGAGGAGCUGGAAGAGCAGGGAAGUAGAGGGAGGAGAGCGAGAGGAGCUGGAAGAGCAGGGAAGUAGAGGGAGGAGAGCGAGAGGAGCUGGAAGAGCAGGGAAGUAGAGGGAGGAGAGCGAGAGGGGCUGGAAGAGCAGGGAAGUAGAGGGAGGAGAGCGAGAGGAGCUGGAAGAGCAGGGAAGUAGAGGGAGGAGAGCAAGAGGGGCUGGAAGAGCAGGGAAGUAGAGGGAGGAGAGCGAGAGGAGCUGGAAGAGCAGGGAAGUAGAGGGAGGAGAGCGAGAGGAGCUGGAAGAGCAGGGAAGUAGAGGGAGGAGAGCAAGAGGGGCUGGAAGAGCAGGGAAGUAGAGGGAGGAGAGCGAGAGGGGCUGGAAGAGCAGGGAAGUAGAGGGAGGAGAGAGGAACUGAGAAUCUGUUCUCUGGAAAAAUAAGCCACUGUAAAUCGUAAAGGAAACGCCAAUGCAGAGAUGAAGCCGAUUAAAAAGCAAGGAAGGCGCUCGCCCCCGUCGACCCGGGCCAAAGGUGGGAAGAGACGGGGGGCGGUGGACAGUGGGGAGAAAAGAGACUCGGACGAGAACAGAGACCGAUCCCCCAAAAGUCAGACCUCACCCCAAACCUCAUCUCACUCAGAGUCUUCUCAGGAUGAGUCGGUGACGCUUACGGCUAGGGCCACGCCAGAGAGGGAGGUCCACAGAGAGGGGCCCCGGCUCCCAGAGACAGCGGCCGCAGCAGCAGGGUCCCUCCCUGGGAAGUCGGAGGACUCCCGCCCGGGGUGCGUCAAGUCAUUGAGCGCCCACAGCACAGACAGCAGCAGCAGCGCCGCCAGCGCCGCCAACAGCCCCAACCCCUCGUCCAACCGGAAGACGGCCACCUUCAAGGCCCGCGUCCCCAAGAAGAAGUACACCUCUGAGCACUGUGCUGCUGCAGCUGCUGCCGCCAGCAACCACGGAUACCACGGCAACCCCGGCACGCCCCCACUGAACAGCAGUAGUGCUCACUGUGGCAGUAACACCGGUAGUCAGUCUUCGGGCGUAUCUUCGGGGCCCGGGUCGACGGCGAGUGAGGGUGGUUCGCUCACUGACAUCAACAGUCAGACCAGGAGACCAGUGGAGGACUACAUUACCAUUAUAGCUCCACCACAGGACAGGGACAACACACCUGGACCCCCUCCCACAGGAGACAGAGACAGGAGAGGCCCAGAGGGAGGCAGAGAAAUCUCCCCCAGCCCUGUCCGCUGCUCCUCUACAGACACAGCCAGCGAACACGACCCUGACGUGAGCGAGCCACGCCGCCCCGACUUUCCCCACACCAACCCCAACACCGAAGCACACACACUGGACCUGGUGCAACGUAGCACCCCACGCACUCCAACCCCACAGAGCCUGUCGGACGCGCUAGCCGACGCCCUGGCCAAAGGUCUAAAGAACCAGCGGGUGCUAGCCAGGCAGGCUCGGAGGAGGACUGGGAAGGGGGAAGAGGAGAACGGAAGGGGAGGGGGGAGGGAGAGUAUGGACUCAGUGUUCCGAGCGGGCGUGGUGCGGCGGGUGAGCGGCGAGCACGGCAGCUUGGAGGUGCAGCUGAACGGCGAGAAGGAGCUGUACUGCUACCCGUUCCGCGAGGGCCCCCAGGGGCCCGUGGACAUCAUCAUGGACGCCCCGCCGCCCGGCUCCCAGGCCGUGCCCAUUGGCACCCCUGUGUGCGUGCCCUUCGGAGGCAAUGAGGACGGCGGCACCACAGAAGCCCAGCGCCAGUGGUACCGAGAGGGCCUGGUCACCCAGGUGGACUCCCACCCGGCUGUGUCCUACCCCUAUAGAGUGUUGUUAGAGGACAGAGCGCCCCCAGGGGAUGAGGAGGGGGAUGGCAGGGUGGGCACUCCUACGGCUGUGUGGGUGUCCCGUCAGAGCCUCCGCCUGCUGGUGCCCCCCUGGGACCUGGACCUUGGACCCUCCGGAGGGGGGCGAGAGGAGGGCAAUGCUGCCGCUGAGAGGGGGAGAGAGAGGGAGAGAGAGAGAGAGGACAGGGACGAAAUAGAAGUGGAGCAGGAGCUGUGUUUCAUCAGCCAUGGGAUGGGGCUCAGCGCAGCUGUGGCUGGGUCCGUGUUGGGGAGGCUUUCAUACCCUGGAACGGCCCCCGCCUCCUCGUCUUCCUCCACUGUCAGCUCCCCCGUCACCCCCGCCUCGGUGCUGAGUCUGGUGUCCGGAAGAGACUGGGAGCGAGAGAAGGACCUGGUGGAGAGAGAGCGGGAGCUCCAGAGGAAACAAGAGAGAGAUAACCGAGAGAGGGCCAAGCAGCACCACCACUUCAUGCCCCUGACCCCCGAGGAGGACAUAGAGGUGUCCCACUUCAGCAUGGUGCCCAUGGGGGCGACGGGAGGGGCGGCCAAGGCCCUGACGGUGUCCCAGCACAGGCACAUACUCUCCAAGCCGCCCCCGGGCUACCUCAGCCCCCACCUGUCCGUGGUACGGGGCCUCGGAGGCACCCCACUGGUGGGCCCCCACCUGGCCCUCAACCCCCACCCUCCUGCCUCCCCCACGGUGCUAAUGGGCUUGGAGUCGGGAGCCCUGGCAGCGGGGGCGGCCGUCAUCGCCACCCCUCAGCUCCCUCCUCUGCCCUCCUCGUCCUCCCGCGGCUCCUUGGAUAAGCCACCCUCGUCAAACGCCAACUCCCACGGUGCACCUGGAGGGGGUGGAGGCUCAGGUUCGGCGUCCUCGUCGCGCUCCCGCACCCCUCUCACAGCAGCCCAGCAGAAGUACAAGAAGGGCGACGUGGUGUGUACCCCCACGGGCAUCCGCAAGAAGUUCAACGGCAAGCAGUGGAGGAGGCUGUGCUCCAGAGAGGGCUGCUCUAAGGAGUCCCAGAGAAGAGGCUACUGCUCGCGUCAUCUCUCCAUGAGAACUAAAGAGAUGGAGGCCAGCGGAGGGGGCAGAGACCGUGGCGGGGCCAGCAGUACGGGCACCCUAACCCCGUCAGACCUGAGGCUGGGCGGCGGCCGGACCAGUUCGGAGUUCGACUGGGACAACACGUCGCGAGACAGCAGCGAAGCGAGCAGUAGGGGAGGUGAUUCACGCCCCCGCAUGGUCCUGCCCUCGUUCCUGCCCCAGGACCUAUCACACUUCGACUUUGAUGAGUGCGAGGCGGCCACCAUAAUGGUGUCUCUGGGCAGCUCCCGCUCGGGCACGCCCUCCUACUCUCCCAUCUCCAACCAGUCGCCCUUCUCGCCCACGCCGUCGCCCUCGCCAACCCCGCUCCUCAGCUUCCGCCCGGCCACCUUCAGCCCCAUCACGGCCCCGCCUUCUCUCACCCCUCGCCGCCACCGCCAUCUGAGCGGCACUAAGAUGAGCACGCCGGGCUCGGAGCGCCACCUGUCGGGCAUCGUACCCACGUUCCAGACCAACCUCACCUUCACCGUGCCCAUGAGCCCCAGCAAGCGGAAACUGGAUGCCCUUCCUCCGCCCCUGCCCCUCCCCGACCAGCAACUAGGGGAGACUAUAGGCCUCCGGCCAGCCACCUUCAGGGUGCUCUCCCCUCAGAGCCAGCCCACCACCCCCUCCUCGCUCUCCUUCCCCCGGCCCCGGAGCGCCACCAGCCGCCCCCCGUCCUCCGCCGCCUCCACCCCUCCACCCAUGCUGGUGUCCCCCACCCCUCCCUCCCCACUGCCCCAGGACCCCAGCCCCCGCCGCAUCGUGCCCCUGCGAGACUCCCCCGUCAUCGUUAGGAACCCCGACGUCCCCCCUGGCCAAGUUUACAGAGGGACCCUUAGGGAGGAGGGGAGGAGGGGGCUGCUCCUCCAGAGACCACAGCCAGCCCCUGCACCUUGCCACCGGCCUCCAAGCACCCGUGCCCAUCAACGGCGCCCCACCAAUGGAGCGGUCCUCAUGCGAAACCCCGCCUCCACCCUGGUCCUUGUAACCUCCACCCAGUCCCUGACUCCAGCCGUCACAGGACGCCCUGUCCACUCCAGCCCAGCCCCCAGUGGUGGCUCCGCCUCCAUGUCCUCUACUGGCUCCGCCCUCUCCAGCUCUGGAUCAGGCGGUAGGGAGUGGGAGAGGAAGUCCGGAGGGCAUCAGGACGGCAUUGGAGGGACACUGCCCCAGCCGGUAGCCUGCCACCCCUCGCCCACUGCCCUGCUGCCCCUAAUCCUACCAGCCGAGUCCCCUCAACCUGCACCCCGCAAGGACAUCAUCAUGGGACGGCCCGGGACAGUAUGGACCAAUGUGGAGCCCCGGUCAGUGCCAGUGUUUCCUUGGCAUUCAUUGGUCCCUUUCCUGGAGCCCAGCCAAUCGAGUGCGGCUGCCCAGCCCACUGAUGGCCAACAGCUUGUCAAUCAGAGCAACGAGCCUCGUUGUGGGGUGGCCCUAGUGAGUGACGGACGGGUGGGCCCAACAGAUGCAGGACGAGGGUCUCCAUCCCGCCCACCGACCUCCUCCAAUGACAACAACCCCCAAGCUGAAAGAGCAGAAAGAGGCGGAGCCGACAGCGAGACGGAAAGCGAUGCAGAUGACCCGUUCUUUCCAGGUGUAGCAAAUGAUACUGCCCCGUCUACAGGCACUAUGAAGAGGCGGUCUCAGUCCCUCAGUGCUCUUCCAAAAGAUGGAGACAGAAAGAGGGAAAAGGACCACAUUCGGCGGCCAAUGAACGCGUUCAUGAUCUUUAGCAAGCGUCACCGGGCGCUGGUGCACCAGAGGCACCCCAACCAGGACAACCGCACGGUCAGCAAGAUCCUGGGCGAGUGGUGGUACGCCCUGGGGCCACAAGAGAAGCAGAAGUACCACGACCUCGCCUUCCAGGUGAAGGAGGCUCACUUCAGGGCCCACCCAGACUGGAAGUGGUGCAACAAGGACAGGAGGAAGUCUAUCUCUGAGGGCCGAGGGACCCCAGGGGCCAAAGAAGCACGCGAGAGGAGCAUGUCGGAGAGUGCAGAGCCCGAGUUAGUGUCUCAGGGCAUGGAGCUGAAGGGUACGUCAGGCCCGGGCUGGCCUGGGGGCUCUGAGCAUCAUGUGGGGGCCUACAGUGGCCAGCUCCCUCGCCCCCGGGCCUUCUCCCAGAGUGCAGUACACAGCCUGGAGAGGAGGGAGCGGGCCAGAGAUGUGGAGAAGUUGUGUCAAGAAGGGACCGGCUCGUUCCGCAGCCGCCCCCCUACUCUCUCCCUGGCACAGUGUGGGGGCAGCGAGGACGUGACCAGCGACGAGGAGCGCAUGGUUAUCUGUGAGGAAGAGGGGGACGAUGAUGUCAUGGAGGACUCGUGCCCUGAAGGAUCCAUAGACCUCAAGUGUAAAGAGAGAGUGACUGACAGUGACGAGGACGAGCCGGAUGGACAGCAAGCCUUCCAGCCAGUGGUCCGUUCCUCUCUCCCCUCCUCCACCAACACCUCCCACGCCGACUCUCACUCCGACUCUACCAAGGGGGACACAAGGGGGAGCGACGGAGAGAGCUCUGAGAGGAAGAGAAAACGAGGGAUGGAGGGAGGAGAAGAGGGAAGUGGAGAAUCCAAAAGAGGAAGGGGUGGAGGGUGGCACGUUCCUUCUAAUUCCAUCCCUGGAUCGGCGCCCAACACCUCAACCCCUGCUCUGGGUUAUGGACUCACCCAGGUGCUCGGUGCAGUCCGGAUGGCCCCCACCAUGGUGACCAACGUGGUAUGCCCCAUCACCAGCAUGCCCAUCCCCAUCGCCAGUAAGCCAAUGGAAGGCUCCAUUGCCCUCAGUGCCCUGCCUGGGGAGAAGAAAGCCACGCUUCUGAUUGGAGGACCGGGAGCAGGAGGCGGGCCUUUCACAGCAGGGGGUGGGUACUUGUCCUCGUCCUCUCCAAAUCCCGUGAGUGUGGGGCCAGGGGGGCUGCAGGUCACCAGUCUAGUGCUGGGAGGUGCUUUCCCCAACCAGUCUAUACAGCUCAUAGCCCCGCCUCAGCCUAUUUUAAGCUCCACCCACAGCAGCCUGCCACUCCCCCUCCCCCUGCUGCAGCCCCAGUUCCUUCCUGCCGGUUCUCUCAUCCCCCCUGGCGGUGCCAAGCCUGGCCUCACCCAGGUGCAGUACAUCCUGCCAACCCUGUCUUCUGUCAGCGCCAACCCCAAGAGCACCUCCCCCCAGCUAACCCAGCAGCCAACCGGCGUCCGCAUGCUGCCCUCCACUCCGCCCACACAUGUCUCCCUGGCCAAUGGAAUACAUUCGGGGGCAGGAGUGGAGAUAAGAUAUGCCACAGUGGGAGGGGUCAGCCCUGGAGAAAGAGUCCAAGCCCAGUCUCCAGUCUUGCAGAGCAAGAUGUUGGUUCCCAUGGCAACAGUGAGAACCAGCUCUACUCCUCAGCCCAGCUCCCUGGUGGCUCCUCCCCUUCCUGUGCAAAAUGGUGCUCUACCAGGAAGCAAGAUUAUCCAGAUCGCCCCCAUGCCGAUGGGCCAGACAAAUGUCCACUCUGCUGGAGCAGUGCAUCCUGGGAGUCCCUUCCAUGUAUCCAUGGCAACAGCCACUGUGAUGACUCCGGGCAUCACACCCCCUCAGACCGUGUUGCUAACCUCACCUCCAACAAGGAUCACUUAUGUCCAAUCGGGCACCGGAGUUGUCUCCACGGCAACAGUCCAGACCCCUCCCUCUCCAGGCCCCGCCUACCUGCCAUCGUCCCUGGCGACCCUGGGCUUCACCGCCAUCGCCCCGGCCGGCCAAGCCCUUGUGCACCCUCUCGUAGCAGGCCAACCACCCUGGCUAGCCCCAGCCCUUUCCCCUGGAGCCCCGGGGACUGGACGUCAACCCCUCACCGCCAUUUACCCGGCCCAGAACGUCACCCUGGCGCCAGAUGUGGUUUCCAUGACCUCCGUGCCCCCCAAUUUGGCUCAAGAACUGUCCGGCCAAUCAUCACGCUCAGCUGUCGGCGUCCAGGGUUCAAAGGACGUGACCCGGUCACAUGAAGAGGGAAUGCCACACCUGACUGCAGAGAUGGAGCACAAGCCACAGGUGGAGGGCCAGGCCCAAAGGAAGACCAAGACACAGAUAAAGAAAGAGAGCAUAAAGAAAGAAAAGAUGACGGAGGAUGUCGAGGCACAUAGCAAACCCGGUGCUAACUCAAUGGGUACGUCCAGCAGCAACACACCAACAGGGAGUGAAGAAAAUGGUGGUCGAGCCAGCCGCGUGAAAGAAGAGAACACGGACGAUGCCAGAGAUUAUGCCAAAGAGAAACAGACAGACGUGAAUGGAGAGAGGGAGAGGGGAAUAAAGAUGGAAUGUGGGACACCUGAACCAGAGAGGUCCAGGGAGACAGAUGAUUGGCCCCAUGAGGGCCACAACAAAGGGGACAGCGGCAACGGGGGCCACAGCAAAGGGGCUGGACCGAGGGAACCUCCCCACCUUCCCACAGGACAGGACACUCCUCCGCCUGCCCCACAGACUGACAGGGACGCGCCCCCCUCAGCCAAGAAGACCAAAUUCCGCCCUCCGCCACUCAGAAAGCCCUCCGACUCCAUUGACAAGGCUCUGUCGGGGUCCUAUUUCGAGGAGCGCUUUGCCGAGCUGCCAGAGUUCAGACCAGAAGAGGUGCUGCCCUCUCCCACCCUCCAGAGUCUGGCCACUUCCCCCCGAGCCAUACUGGGCAGCUACCGGAAGAAGAGGAGGAACUCCACAGACCUGGACUCGUCUGCAGAGGACCCCAGCUCUCCCAGGAGGAAGACUGCAGCUCGGAGCCGUCUCUCCAGCUGCAGCUCGGAGCCCAACACACCCAAGAGCGACGUCAAGUGUGAGGGGGACAUCUUCACCUUUGACAGAGCUGGUGCUGAGUCUGAAGAUGUCUUGGGGGGGAUGGACAGAGUGCCGUACUCCUCUCUCCGGAGGACUCUGGACCAGCGCAGGGCUCUCGUCAUGCAGCUCUUCCAGGAACACGGCUUCUUCCCUUCAGCCCAGGCCACUGCAGCCUUCCAGGCCCGCUACUCAGACACCUUUCCCUCCAAGGGGUGUCUGCAGCUGAAGAUCAGGGAAGUGAGGCAGAAGAUCAUGCAGACAGCCACACCUGGAACCCCUGGAAUCUCUGAGCCCGGCGGGUCAACAACAGGGGUCCCGGGGUCAACAGACUCCACCUCCGCCGCCAACGGCUCCUCAAAUACUAACACUGGAGAUGGUACAGGGACGGAGCCUGGAGAAAGAGGGAGGAGUCCCGAGGAGCCCAGGAGUUUGGGUAAAUUGUAGGAAUGGAAAGAAAGAGGGAUGGAAAGAAGGAGAAAAACAAGAGAAUGGAGUAGAUGGAGAGAAAGUGACAAAAGAGAGUGAGAGGGUUGUUGUGACCCACUGCAUGUCCUUGUACAUGUAGUAACAGGGCUUCAGUAUCUCGUCGGCACAGUUCUGUACUGGCCGUACUCUCAGCACAUUUGUAGUUUGAUACAGAACAUCCUGUGGUACACACAAUUCUUUCUGUCUCUCUCGCACACACACACACACCCCACCAACGCAGACUGUUACUCUUGGGUGGCAGUCACAAGCACUGUCACGUGAAAGACACAACGGCACGUUGUAACAAUUUGUGCGGAUGCAGUUUGCCAUUGACUUGACUUCCCUCCCUCCACUCCUCAGCACAGUGGUUGGGAUGUAUCCAAUGUAACCUCCACUGAAACUCCACAGCCCCUCUAUGCUGCAACAACAGACAGCACUGAAAUGGACUCACACACACAGUCUGUCAGUCUACUCAACAUUCGCCUGACCAAGCCAUUGGCCUGCACAGUUUUUAGCGAUUGUAGAAAGUGAGUCAAGCAUGGAUACCAUUUGCUCCCGAUAAAGGGAGGCGGGACUCAGUGUGACAAUUGACCCAAUCCCUGGCCCAAUCAGUUAUCACUGUCACAGACAGACUUGAGUUCCUAUUGGCUGGAGAGGAUGUUGUAUAUUGGGGUUUCCCCCCUUGUGGACGCCAUUACGAGAUAUGAAAUAUGUAAAGAUUGAAGGGUGAUGCGUGACAAAGCAACAAACUCAACAAUGGUUGGCUGUAACAGAGCACAGAGAAAGGCUGAACGAGACGAUCGUCCAUUCAUUGGUCAACUCGAGUGGAGGCUGCGGAUUCCACCAAGGACACCGGAAGCAGAUGAUGCGACAUGGCUCACUUGGCUCCCAAGUGAGAGUUCACAAGCAAAAGUAGAUUUUGAAUCAACUUCUAGGAGUCACCCAGUGGAUAUGUUGUUUUAUCUUGUAUUGUUGCAGUGGAAAUAACACGUUUUAUGUGGCCUGUUUUCUCUCUUGUGGCUCUUAUUGGUGUUUCUCCAGCAUAAACUUAUAUCAAAGGGGUUUUGAAACAGCCCACGCGAGCCCUCUUCUAAAUUUUACUUUGGGCCAUUUCCCCUCUCCCAUGACUUCUCAGUAGACACAUAGAGGGGGCAGGCAGUUUGUUUUUAAAUGUUGAAAUCAGGUGUUUGCACAAUGUGUGGUCUUGUGACUGCAACUUAAAUCAGGAAAGUAUUGUUUUUAGAGAUUGUUUCAUAGAAAUAACCUUGUUGUUAUCAAUCCCCCCUCUUCCAUUUCUAGCCCCUUUCCUUCCCCCCUUGCUUCCACUCCCUGCCCCUCUAUCCAAGUGUUGUUAGAAAGUGCCCUUAAGCACUGGUCCAGGGUCAGUUCUGUUAUGUAGCUCAAGAUGGCUCUGGUUAGGGUUUAGUUCAGGGAAAGCAGAUCCUAGACCAGCCCAGUAGGGCAUUCUCUGGAGCCCUCUCUCUUCCCUCUCUGCCACUUUAUUUUUUCCUUAUUAAAUGGUGCAAUACGAUAUUUGGAAUGGGUGGGUUAUGUGGAUCGGUGCCAUAGAUAUUUACAGUACAGUCAGAAGACCCAUUCUAAUAACAAUGGCAUAAGAAGAAUGAGCUGAGAUUACUAUAUUUGAAGAGAUAGAGCGUAGCUAACUAACUAAAGUCAAAGAAAUUCAAAUAGCACUUUUUGCCUCUUCACUUGUUUUGGGAAGAGUUGGGGUAGUUAUGGAUAUACCUUUAUUUCUCUGUAUACAGUUGGAUGUGUGAAAAAUAUAUAUAUAUUUCCAUAUGUGCAUAUAGAUGAUGUGUGUGUUUGCGCACAUGCAUGUAUGGAAUCAGCCACACCCAGAUUCCUUCACAUACCAUACAAUAAGACAUUAUCAAUCAUAUGUUCUUCAGGUAUUCUAGAGGCAGUAUUUUUACAGUCACAAGGACUAUUAUAUGACAUCUUGAUUUGUUAUAUUAAUGAGAUAGUCCAAGAUCAAAGACAUAGAAUUUAUCAAAGAUUUGUUGAAUCUUGCAAAGGUGAGGCCUGAAAUGAUUCCAUGAACAUGCAUGUGCGCACGCAAACACACAGACAUACAUACACACACAUGUAUGCGUGUACACUGUAUGAUUGUGCUUAAAAUAAACUGUCCUUACUUUGGAGAAGGAAUUUUAGAAUGAGAGAGAUGAGUGUUAGCUCAUAAACAGGCAUGUUGACCAUGUGCAAUAUUUCUAAACAAAACACACAAAAAAAACUAAAUAUUGAAAAUAUUAAAGACCUAACACAAUA